UUCGCUCCGCUGAUGGAUGAAUCCGUGUUCCUUUUCUCUCGGUCUUUCCGAUACUUCUCUCGCACUUUCUCGACCAAAAAAAAGAAAGAAAGCGAAAAAAGAGAGCUUAAAUGGCGGAGACCAAGAAGGAGACCAUAGUGAUGUUCCCAUUCAUGGGCCAAGGCCACAUAAUCCCCUUCCUGGCUCUAUCCCUCCAACUGGAACAAAGAGGCUUCAACAUAAUCCUCGUCAACACCCCACUCAACAUCAAGAAACUUCGCCAAUCCAUCCCGCCCUCCUCCGCCAUCCGCCUCCGCGAGCUCCCCUUCCACAGCUCCGACCACCCCGGCCUCCCUCCCUCCGCCGAGAACUUCGACGCCCUCCCUUACCCGCUCGUCAUCAAGUUCCUCCAGGCCUCCAAGUCCCUCCAACCCCACUUCAGGUCCCUCCUCGCCGAUCUCGUGCGAGGGGAUCCGCCGCUUGCGGUCGUCGGGGAUAUAUUCUUCGGGUGGUCGGCGGAGGUGGCGAACGAGUUGGGUUUGUUCCAUGUGGUAUUCAGUGGGUGUGGAGGGUUUGGGUUAGCGUGCUAUUACUCCACGUGGCUGAACUUGCCUCACCUGAAAACGGAUUCGCCGGAGUUUAGUCUGCCUGAUUUUCCUGAGGCAGGGAAGUUCCACGUCACCCAGUUGGCGGCGAGUUACCUGGCGGCCGACGGCGAGGACCCGUGGUCAAUUUUUCAACGGGAGAACCUUUCAGCUUGGUCAAAUUCCAAUGGAGUUCUGUUCAAUUCCAUAUCAGAGCUUGAUAAGACUGGAUUGGCCUAUUUUCAGCGCAAAUUGAACCGGCCGGUAUGGGCUAUAGGACCGGUAAUUCUACCGGUCCAAGUCCGAUCAGGAAAACAACCUGCUAUUUCGCCCGAAAAAUGCGUUGAGUGGCUUGAUUCAAAAACCCCCAAUUCAGUCCUCUACAUAUCAUUUGGUUCAAUGAACACAAUCUCUGCUUCCCAAAUGAUGCAACUAGCUAAAGCACUAGAACAAAGUACGAACAUAAAUUUCAUAUGGGUUGUUCGCCCGCCAUUGGGAUUCGACAUAACCGCGGACUUCAAAGCGGAGGAGUGGUUGCCCGAGGGGUUCACAGAACAAGUCGUCAAAACUCAGAACAGAGGAAUAAUUGUGUCACAAUGGGCACCACAAUUGGAGAUUCUGUCACACAAGUCAGUUGGGGCUUUUCUAACUCACUGCGGGUGGAACUCGGUGCUGGAAUCGCUCAGCCAAGGAGUGCCAAUAAUCGGGUGGCCGUUGGCGGCGGAGCAGUUUUUCAAUGCCAAGUUUUUGGUGGAGGAAGUUGGGGUGUGCUUGGAGGUGGCUAGGGGGAGUAGUUUUGAGGUUAGGUGUGAUGAUAUUGUGGAGAAGAUAGAGAAGGUGAUGAAGGGGGAUAGUGUGAAGGGGAUGGAGAUGAGGAAGAGAGCUGGGGAGGUAAAGGAGGUGAUUAGAAAUGCUGUUAGAAGUGAUGAUGAGUUGAAAGGUUCUUCUGUGAAAGCCAUGGAUGAUUUUCUUGAUGCUGCUUUGUUGAUGAAGGAGAAGACAAAAUCGGUGGAUCAAUAAUUGGAUUUAAUGGCUCACUUGAUUGGAUUGCUUUUUUGUUUCUUUGUCUUUAUUAAACUAGACAUAUGUGAUGCAACAAUAAACAAGCUUGCUUGGUUAUGGGGUUGCUAAGUCACGUGAUGCGUUUAGGCGUGUGCGAGAAAUCGUUUUUAAAAUAUAUCAAAGUACUAAAAUUUACGAGAGUAAGGAUUGAGAGCGUAAGUACAGAGCAAUGAUUGAUAGCGUGAGAGAAGAGAAACUAUUUAAAAUUCACGUGAUGCGCUUAGGCGUUGUGACUAAACAUUGCUUAUUUGAUUACUUUUCAUUCUGAUUGUCACUUCUAAUAAGAAACUAUUUAAUUUA